UAAACGUCAAUUUAAAAAACGUGAAAAAACAUUUUUGCGUGGUAAUUGGAAACAUGUUUGCCGGCUAAUAAAAACUGUGUAAAACUACUUAUUAUUUCGUUUUUAUAUUUGUAAAAUACAUAAAAAUGGAUGACCAAGCGUGUCCGCGUUGUAAAACAACGAAAUAUCGCAAUCCCUCGCUUAAAUUGAUGGUAAAUGUGUGUGGUCAUGUGUUAUGUGAAAGUUGUGUAGAUUUAUUAUUCUUGAAAGGUUCCGGAACAUGUCCAGACUGUAACAUUCUCCUCAGAAGAGGCAAUUUCAGGGUCCAACUCUUCGAAGACCCCAUGGUUGAGAAAGAAGUUGAUAUUAGGAAGAGAGUUUUGCGGGAUUAUAAUAAAAAAGAAGAAGAUUUUGCAACACUCCGGGACUAUAAUGAUUAUUUAGAAGAAAUUGAGACUAUUGUGUACAACUUAACAAAUAAUAUAGAUGUUGUAGAGACUAACAAAAGGAUAGAACAGUAUAAAAAAGAAAACAAAGAGCUUAUUAUGAAGAAUAAGGCAAAAAUAGGUAGAGAAGCUGUACAAUUAGAAGAGGUAUUAGAGAAAGAGAAAGAAUUAGAGGAACUACGCAGGCAGGAGCUAUCACGGUUAGAACAAGAGGCCAAGAAACAAAAGAUACGGGAGAAAGAAGCGCUCAUUGAUGAGCUGAUGUUUGCAGAUGGAGAUGCCAAAGACAUACUGAAUACGUUUGCGCAAAACAUGGCUAAUAAACAGGAGGAAUUGGCGUCUGCUGUUCCAUUGGUAACACAAUUCUCUUCUGGUGUGCAAUUUACCCGUGGGGCAAGUAACCAGCCAAUUCCCAUAAUAGAAGAAGGUCCAUUGUAUAAAUAUGAACCACUGGCUGUACCAGACCGUUGUGGUCCAGACGCUCCGUCCAUAGCCAAUAUAGUCAACUGUGGAUAUUUAAAACACGUUAGAGCGGAGAACGAGUGUGAGAAGGCAGGUGGCUACAGCGCCACGCUGCCGUGUCUGCGCGCGCUGCAGGACGCGCUCGCCGGACUCUACCACGCCAGCUGACCACCACCAGCGUCACCACCGCCACCAUCACCACACAUCUCCAAAAUAUUUUUCUAUUACUUCCUUAACACCAAUUGCCAUAGACGUUUUUGUAUAAGACUUGGUAUACAAAAACCAACAUAUUAGCAGAAUUUUAUUGUCAUGUUUGUUUUUUAGUUUUUGAGAUGUAAACCUACAUCAGCCCGCCUGAUGUUUGAUUCUUUUGAAUGGCAAUAAUUGAGUUAAUGUUAUUAUUGGGCAUAUCCAAAGACAAAUAACAAAGGC